UAAUGAUGUUUCUAUUCUAACGCACAGAUGACAGCGUAACCGGGGCGGUAAGCUGUUCAGAUACCCCUAAACGCAGCCGCUUUGUUGAAAAGGAUCUGUUGUGACUGGACAUGAAUUCGGCGGAACAGACGGUUACGUGGUUGAUUACGCUCGGGGUGCUGGAAUCGCCGAAGAAGACCAUCUCGGAUCCUGAAGCGUUUCUGCAGACCUCCCUGAAAGAUGGGGUGGUCUUGUGCAGGCUGCUGGAGCGGCUCAGCCCGGGCUCCACGGAGAAAAUUUACCCAGAACCGAAGAACGACGGCGAGUGUCUGAGCAACAUAAAGGAGUUUCUCAAGGGCUGCACAUCGUUUCGCGUCGAGCCGUUUGAGGCCAGUGACCUGCUGCUGGGACUCAACUUCUCAAAGGUGCUCAGCAGUCUGGUUGCUUUGAAUAAAGUGACUGCAGAUAUCGGCGUGGGCAGCGAUUCAGUGUGUGCCCGACAUUCUUCAGCUCAUCGCAUCAAGUCGUUUGAGUCUCUGUCCUCUCAGGCUUCACUGGGCCGAACCUCCAAGCUGCUGCAGAACCAGUUUCGCAGUCUGGACAUGUCAGAAAACAGCGGACAGCAGCUGCUGGUGAAGGCACGUUUCAACUUCCAGCAGACCAAUGAGGAUGAGCUCACCUUCUCAAAGGGGGACAUCAUCAGCGUGACUCGUCAGGAGGAUGGUGGCUGGUGGGAAGGGAUGCUCAAUGGAAAGACAGGGUGGUUUCCUAGCAACUAUGUCCGUGAGGUCAAGGGAUCCGUAUCCCCCAAGUCUGGCACUCUGAAGAGCCCACCUAAAGGCUUUGACACUACUGCAAUCAGCAAGACGUACUAUAACUUGGUCCUGCAGAACAUUUUAGAAACAGAGACAGAAUACUCCAAGGACCUUCAGAGCCUCCUGACAAACUACCUACGACCUCUGCAAAGCAGUGACAAACUGAGCAACUCAGAUGUGGCACUGAUUCUGGGAAACCUUGAGGAGAUCAGCACCUUCCAGCAGAUGCUUGUCCAAUCGCUGGAGGAAUGCACCAAGCUUCCAGAGAGCCAGCAAAGAGUGGGAGGCUUCUUCCUCAACCUUAUAACACAAAUGAAGGCUCUUUAUGCAGGUUACUGCUCGAAUCACCCCUCUGCCGUCAACGUGCUGACCCAGCAUGGUGAUGCAUUGGGGGAGUUUAUGGAGGGAAGGGGUGCUGUGAAUCCUGGGAUCCUCACACUCACGACAGGCCUCAGUAAACCGUUUAUGAGACUCGAUAAGUACCCAACCUUACUCAAAGAGCUGGAGAGGCACAUGGAGGAGAGUCAUCCAGACCGACCGGAUAUUCAGAAGUGCAUGGCGUCUUUCAAAAAUCUCUCUUCUCAGUGCCAGGAAGUGAGGAAGCGUAAAGAACUGGAGCUGCAGAUUCUCAAUGAGACCAUCAGGCUGUGGGAGGGGGAUGACAUUAAGACUCUGGGCUCUGUGCUCUACAUGAGCCAGGUUUUGGUCCAGAGUCCUGGAUCAGAGGAAAAGAGUGAGCGUUACCUCAUGCUCUUCCCUCACGUCCUUCUCAUGUUGUCUGCCAGCCCCAGGAUGAGCGGCUUCAUAUUCCAGGGAAAACUGCCCCUGGCCAGCAUGACGGUGAACAAACUAGAAGACUGUGAAGCUCACAAAAAUGCCUUUGAGCUCAAUGGUACGAUGUUUGACCGUCUCACAGUGGUGUGUAACAACCAGCAGGACCUGCAGGACUGGACUGAACACCUGACCCGACAGAUCAAGCACACUGCAGCCACAGCGCCCAGCCACAAACCGCUCACUGUUCCCUGUCACACGCUCCCAUCUCAUCCUCUGACACCGUCCCGGCAUGCUGAGGGGAGAUCCAUGACAGUGGCCCCAACCUACCACACCCUGCCUCACCCCUCUUCCCACGGUACAUCUCACAGCACCAUGAUGUGGGGCCCUCUGGAACCACCCAACACCCCCAAACCCUGGAGCCUGAGCUGUUUACGGCCUGCACCUCCUCUACGGCCCUCUGCUGCCCUCUGCUACAAGGAGGAUCUCAGUAAAAGUCCUAAGAGUGUAAAGAAGCUUCUACCUAAGCGCAAACCUGAGAGAAAACAGUCAGAGGAGGAAUUUGCCUUGAGAAAGAGUACAGCUGCACUGGAAGAAGACGCCCAGAUCCUGAAAGUUAUCGAGGCGUAUUGCACCAGCGCCAAAACCAGGCAGACUCUUAACUCGACCUGGCAGGGCACUGACCUGAUGCACAACCACGUGCUGGCAGACGUGGACCGGUCCUGUGCGGACCCACCGGGCCGCCGUAGCAGCGUGUCCCGGCCUGAAUUGUCCUCUGACUUGUCGGAGGACUCUGACUAUGACUCCAUCUGGACCACCCACAGUUACAGGAUGGGUUCAGUGCCGCGACCCCGAAAGGAAACAGGGCUGCAAAUGAUCAUCCCUGGAGAGAAGAAAGUCCUGGGAGAGGGUCCCAAACGCAACGGACAGAGUACAGUGGAAGAAAAGAGCCUGGUUGAUAUUGUGUACGCCCUGAGGGAUGAAGUACAAGAGCUAAAACAGGAUAACAAAAAGAUGAAAAGGUCAUUGGAGGAGGAGCAAAGAGCACGGAAAGAUCUGGAAAAGGUUGUGAGAAGGGUGUUAAAGAGCAUGAAUGACCCGACCUGGGAUGAGACAAACCUUUAAGGAGCACCAUCUCUCCUUGAAUAUCUAAGAAAAUAAUACUAGUGGGCUUGCUUGAAAGAUACAAAUGGUACACAUAACUUAAAAGUUGUUUCUUUGAAAGAACAACAUUAAAUCUGCCAGUCAGUCCUUUUGUACUUGGAUGAAUGGAUGUGUGUUAUCUCUGAGGCCAGAGCCAUAUUUGCCUCUCUGGUGAUAAAAUCAGGAAUAGCUGCAGUAAUGCUGAACAGACUUGACCAUUUAUUCUACAAUAACAUUCCUUGAAACAUGACAUUGAGGGAAUUUCACUCUGUGUCCAUCAUUUUGGCCUUGCUGCAAGAGAAGUCCUCAUCUUCUGUUUACGAGAAUUUACACUGUCCAAUGGUACAUAAACGGUACGGUAAUGGUGUUAAUGGUCGAAAAAGCCUUGGACAAGUCUUAGCUUGAGCCAUGCCAUUUCAUAACCUCUCUUUUGUUAUUUAAAAUUUUUAAUGACUUUUCUUUUUCCUCUUUUCCUGGCAGUGGCUAAGCCUGUUUUUCAAGGCUGAAGUGAAGCUAAUGCUAGGAAACUCAUCUUAAGUGUCUGUGUUAUUUUAUUUGAUUUGUUUGCCUUUUUUGUUUUCUUAAUUGUAUGACCACUCUGCGUUUGACUCUCUUUCUCUAGACGUCCUGGAGAAGUGUACAGAUAUUGAAUGUGUACUGUAUAAUGUAAAUACUGCUAAAAGAUGAGCCUUUGUCCUUUGGGAGAAAUAAAGGUGGUUUUAGAGAAA